GAAGAAGGGUCUCGACCCGAAACGUCGCCUAUUUCCUUUGCUCCAUAGAUGCUGCCUCACCCGCUAAGUUUCACCAGCGUUUCUGUCUACUACAAAAUGUCUUAUUGUUUCUGGAAAAUUCUGUUCAAUAUAUCAAGGAAGAUAUCUUUGUGAAAUUCAGUCGGGUUUAGAAUGUGGGCACCACAGAUUCAUUGGAAUAAUUCUAAAGUUUAAAGACUAAUUAAGUUUGGGUGGCAUAAACUUGUGAAUGAACUUGGCUUAGGAAGGAUUGAUGGGUGAUAAAUUGUUAAAAAUUAUGAGUUGUGAUCUUUCUCAGUGGAGUACUUUCAAAACAUGGGUCACAUUGCUGAAAUUGAAACUAGGGUAUGCGCAGUGAAAUCUGAGAAACAUUUCCCCAAAGAGAUGGCUGAUUUUUUUUUCAAAAAGCUUUGAAUAUUGGAACAAUUGAAAAUGAUCAAAAUAUUAUCUUACUGAAUAAUGGAACAUGUCUGAUGCUGUAGGAGCCAUUUAUGUUUAGGCUAGCUACUGUUGGCAUUUAUAUUAUUUUGCCUAGAUAUCUUGCAGUAUUAUUCCAGGCACAGACGGGCCGUCAUUAGAUGCACAGAGGGACAUACACAUAUGGGCAUAGUGGACAGGGAUUGAUUCAGAUCAGGCACAGGGGUGGAGAGUACACAGUUCUCUCCAGAUUGGGGAGAACAGCUUCGCUAGAACUUGUAUGCAGAAUAAGGAAAGCCUGGUAUGUUCAUCUAUUUGUUUGUACAACUACUUCAAUAAAGAACCAAUUAAACUGGAAAUAACAACUGGAAGAUCUGUUCUUUUUGGUCUGCGUAAGAUCACUCCUACUUAUCUGUGUAGUAAUGGCAACGGAAAAGAAGACACUGGAAAAGUUAGAAAUUGCCAUUACAAUUUAAGUGAGAACUGGCUCUAUGAGUGAAACUGGAGCUUGUGAAAACCUGGGAACACGGAUUGUUUUAUUUCACAAGCCUGACGCCACCACACUAAAAUAACUGGACAAGUUCGCUACCUGCGCUGAUCUGACUAACGAAGAUUGAAAACCUUGAAAGCCAACGCGUAGGGAGAGAGUACCAAGUGAUCAGUACACCAACCGAUUUCUUUAUGGUGAUGGAAUAUGUGCCAGGUGGUGAGCUUUUUGACUACAUCUGUAAGAAUGGAAGGGUGGAAGAUACCGAGGCUUGCCGGCUUUUUCAACAAAUUAUUUCGGCUGUUGAUUAUUGUCACAGACACAUGGUAGUUCAUCGUGAUUUGAAGCCAGAGAAUGUUCUCCUUGAUGCUCAAAUGAAUGCCAAGAUAGCUGACUUUGGACUAUCUAAUAUGAUGGCAGAUGGGGAAUUUUUGCGUACUAGUUGUGGCUCACCAAAUUAUGCAGCUCCUGAAGUUAUAUCAGGCCGGUUGUAUGCAGGCCCAGAAGUUGACAUUUGGAGUUGUGGUGUAAUUCUUUAUGCUCUUCUGUGUGGCACACUACCUUUUGAUGAUGAGCAUGUACCAACACUAUUUAAGAAGAUCCGUGGUGGAGUAUUUUACACACCUGACUAUCUCAAUCGCUCGGUAGCUAAUCUUCUCAUGCGUAUGCUGCAAGUUGACCCUCUGAAGCGGGCAACCAUUAAGGACAUCAGGGAACAUGAGUGGUUUAAACGGGAUUUGCCAACUUACCUGUUUCCAGAGGAUCCUGCUUAUGACUCCAAUGACAUAGAAGAAGAUGCUGUGAAGGAAGUAUGUGAGAAGUUUGAAUGUACUGAGUCCGAAGUUAUGAACAGUUUAUAUAGUGGUGAUCCACAGGAUCAGCUUGCUGUGGCAUACCAUCUCAUUAUUGACAAUCGGAGAAUAAUGAAUCAAGCUGGUGAGUUUUACCUUGCAUCAAGUCCCCCAACAGGUUCAUUCGUGGAUGAUAACGGACUGCAUAUCCCACCUGGUGUCAAAGCACAUCCUGAACGGAUGCCUCCUCUGAUGGCAGAUAGCCCUAAGGCACGUUGUCCGCUAGAUGCACUCAACACUACCAAACCCAAGCCAAUGGCACUGAAAAAAGCAAAAUGGCACUUGGGAAUUCGCAGCCAAAGUAAACCAUAUGAUAUUAUGGCAGAGGUCUACAGAGCCAUGCGACAGCUGAAAUAUGAAUGGAAGGUGGUGAAUCCCUAUCAUCUGCGAGUGCGUAGAAGGAAUGCAGUAACUAGGAACAAUGUGAAGAUGAGUUUGCAGCUAUAUCAAGUUGAUAAUCGCAGCUAUUUACUAGAUUUCAUGAGCAUUGAUGAAGAUGUAAUGGAACAAAAGUCAGGCUCUUCCACUCCAAAGCGUUCAGGAUCGGCAGCUCUGCUGCAUAGACCGAGACUGAGUAUUGAUGCAGCAGCUACUGACAGCCAACCUUUGACUCUCGUCGGGUCACUCCCAAGCUCACUGACUGGAAUCUUGAGCUCUAUAACUCCACGUUACGGGAGUCACACGAUGGAUUUUUUUGAGAUGUGUGCUAGCCUUAUAACUACACUGGCUCGUUGAUAGUUUAAUUCAUUGAGAAAUCGGCUCUUUAACCUGUAAAAGUGUGCAAAAAAAAUGCCCUUUACACUUUGCAAAACUGUGUUUUACUUCAGUACUUGUUAUUUGCAAUGCCAGUUUGCAGUUGGCGUUUUUGCUACUUUUGAUAUAGUGGAAGCUGCAGGGCAGUAUUUGCUCGUUGCAAUUUAGAAACUCCAUAGGCACACGGAGGGUUUAUUUAUUGCAUUUCUUUUUGCCAGCCAAAUCCACAGGAUUAUACGGGUUUACAACACAACUGUAAAAAUGUAGAGAAGCAUAAAAUUUCAUUUUAAAGUGCUGUAUUUUAGAAUGUUAAAAAUUGGUGACAUUAAAGAGCAAAUGAGAUGUAUUUAAAGGAUUGUUGAAGAGCUAGGCUUGUUCACAUGAUAUGUUGGUGAACUGGAUGAGUGCGCGGUUUAGUCAUAAACCAAGUUGCGACUAGUUGGGAUGCAAAUUUCUAUUGAGGUUAGUUGUGGCUAGAAAGCUAUAAAACAAGUUAGAUAAUAAAAUUAGGUAAAAUUUAUGAAAAUUAAGUGACUGGUUUAAAAUCAUCAAA